AUGUCGUGGAUCUUUGGUAAGUCAACAGAAACACAGCCAUCAGCAGAUGACAAGCUCAAACAGACGCUAGGAUUCGAUCCAAGGGAAGUAGAAGACGUGCAAUCUAUAAUAUCAGCCACCCCAACCGCAUCAUCAUCGCAAUCACCGCAGUCAUCUCAACCGUCCAUCUCCCUCCUCCACCCGUUAGCGGGGUUGGAAAAAGGCAUAGAAUACUUGGACCUCGAAGAAGAAAAACUAAACACCGUCGAAGGCUCCAAGGGUCUCAUUCCCUCGCGUUCAUGGACAGAUGAUUUGUGUUACGGCACCGGUGCCGUCUACUUGAUGGGAUUGGGAAUCGGUGGUCUUUCGGGUUUUUCGCACGGUGUCGCAACCUUGCCCCAACAGGCACCAGGAAAAGUCAAGCUCAAUCACAUCUUGAACAACAUCACCAAGAGAGGCCCGUUUUUCGGUAACUCCGCUGGCGUGUUGGCGCUCAGUUAUAACUUGAUAGACUCGACUUUGGAUGGCGUGAGGGAGAAACACGACGAUGUCAACUCGGUGGUUGCUGGUGCUUUAGCGGGCGCCUUGUUUAGGAGCUCGAGAGGCCUCAAGCCUAUGGCUUAUUCUAGUGCUUUGAUGGCGGGUGCUGCUGGUGUUUGGUGUGGUUUGAAACGCGCUGUUCAAGUUGACGAAGAGAAACAAUUGAAAUUGGAGUAG